GCUUACCCCUUUGUUUGCCUCCCUUAUGACGGACAUUUUUUAUUUACAAUGGAGAGCUAGCAGACAGAGCAAAUUUACCUGUGCGUAAUAUUUUCUAAAGAUAGAAGUAUAUAAAGUCAUGAUUGUACAUAGUUACAUGAUAUUAUUCGGUUUAUCUUGACAGAUAAGCAGGUGCGUGACUUUUAAAAGCUUGUUUUGGACAUAUUCAAGAAGAAAGGCUUGGACGAAAAUCUGGAAUAAUGUUGUCGUUCGCUUUUGUAUUUGUUUUUGUCGGGCUUGUGGCUGCUAAUAUAACGGGAACUAAACCCACCUCGGGUACAUGCCUGUGCGUAGCUGGUACCCAUGUCAAUGCCCAUACGUCAGCUGGAACUCAUACAGCCGUGCAUGCCUCUCUUAAUACUGGCGACUGUUACAAAUUCCAUGGUGGAAUCCAUACUACAAGCGGGUAUACAUUUUAUCAGCUUCAGAAUGUACAUGGCGAGAACUUAUGGGUUGCUGGAAACUACCUCAACACAGCAACAUCAGGUCACUGUACAACAACACAUUCAUCUGGCACAACGUGUAGCGAUGCAGUAGCAAAGGAUUAUGCUUGUAAAAUAUUGGCUCUCCAUAAUGCUGGUAAGAUCCAUCUUUGGAACAAACACCCUUCCGGAGAACAUGACAACGCAUACGCCUUCAACAACAUCAACGACGCAUGUCAUGGACAAGCUGCAUCCCGAUCUCAUUACACGUGUGGUGAAUGCAGAAACCCAGGUGCUCCCGGAGGUCACGUGUGUCUGGACCGUAAACUUCUUCAAUACAUCCAUGACAUAGGAUCAUCAGGAUAUAUACAUGUUAAUGAAAUAGCAGGUGCUUGUCACAGCUGUCACAGCCGUCAUUACAAUGGCAAAGCAGUUGACCUCGAUAACGGCAGGAACAGCCUCUUUCUGUCAAAGUGCAGAGAAUAUGGUGGAGUUGAACCAUUAAACGAAGGAAAUCAUAUCCAUUGUGGUUUCGCUUAGGCUGUGGAAAGCAAAUCUUUUGUUUCGCUGACACAUUCAACAUUUUUAUUAAAUCUAUGUUUAAUUUUGAAUGUUAUUUUAAGCAAUCAAGACAGAUAAUAAAGUUAUUCUUCAU